AUGCCGCCGCAGGGAAGGAACGUUCAGGAAGUGCAGGCGAGCGCCGCUGAGAAUUUGCCGUCCGCUUCGGAGCUCGACAACGGGCCUCCCUCGACCACCUUUUCCGGGGCGUCGAGGCCUUCAUCGACGUCGAGCGUCGGCGCUCCAGAACCGUCGGCAACUCUUCGGUCCGUUGCGAAGGUUGUACAGGCCAUGGACGAUGCCCGCCAGCCAGAGAAAGCGUCGGCGGCCCCCUUCGUGCCGAUAGCUCUCAACAUCCCAUCGCCCGAACUCUCUGGCGAGCCCAGCCCCGCGGCAGGGGUCGAGUCAACCGCUCGCGCCGGGUACCCAGCGCCCGGGACGCGGCAACCGUCGACCACGAUCGCUCCCGGUGGAGCCUCGACUCUCUCAGAUCCGCAACGCCAACCAGCGACCCCCUCCCGAUCCGCACUCGCAACCAACCCCGGGCGGUCAGCCUCAAGGGGGCAGGUGACUCCUUCGCCUGGGCCAAACCACCUGGCCUCGGCCGAGCUUCCCACGCCGCCGAUCCCGCAGCUUCCUCCGUCGACGGCUACGGCACAAAAACGGUCCGCCCCGGAGUCCAGGAGGACCCAGGCCCUGGGCCCGACCGACGGACACGACCCCAACGCGAUAGAUGGCCAACGCAAGCGGAGCCGCCUCGGCAACGACCGCCCAGUUGGCUCCGGCCUGUCUUCGGGGAAUCCCUUGCUGGAGCAUUGCCGUCGGGUCCUCGAACGACGGCUUCAGUCUUUGGGUGGUGCGGCUGCGCUUUCACCACUGGCGCGGGCUCGAUACAAGCUUCUGUUCGAUGCCUGUCGCAAAGACAACGACCUCCCGUAUCUCGUCCUCCACCAGCUCUUCUGCCUUUGGUCCGUGAACAAGAAACGUGGCCACGAACUUGUCGACGCUGAUGCCGAAGCCAUCGAUUCGGCCUGCGAACUCCUAUCGUACACACUCAGAAGCAACAACGAUCUGCGUUUAGACGACCUCACCUGGUUCGCGACGUUUCCCUUUGACCAGAAAACGAUGGACUUGUCGCGAGACGAUGUCGAUAUUUCGGCCGCCUUUUCACAAGUCAAAGCUUUCCUGGCUCGGUUCGCCGUCCAGUGGCAGCGCCUACUCGGCGAGAUCGACGCAAGACAAUACCCGCUACUUGUUUGGGAGCUGAAGAGCAUCCUCAUGUGCACAUCACCUAUCCUCCAGGAUGUAUUGUUCCGCUCCAGUCGCCGCCGGCUUAGGAUCGACGAUCAGAAUGCCGACGAGCUGCAGCGGCUAUUCGCCAUGGAUCUGGAAAAUGAGAACUACGGGACCCUCUACCAGACAGAGGAGGCUCAGUUGACGAGGCGCCUUGAGCUGGCGAAGCGGUAUCAACAUCUUAUCCGCCUCUCGCGUGAGCCUCAAAGCGGGACCUCGUCGACCUCCGCCGUCAGCAUACACCCUGCCCCGGAUGUCGGACCGCUACCUCGUUUAGCGUCACCGAGUGUACUGCUGAGCGCGACAGCAGCAUCGCAAACCCCUGUUCGAUCUCCCGUUCGCCCUCCUGUUCGCCCUCCCGUUCGCCCUCCCGUUCGCCCUCCCGUUCCACCCGACGCGCGACAGCCCGUGCCACCCCCCGUUCAUCCCGCUUUCCGCGCUCCCCUUCAACCCACGGCACAAUCUCCCGUCCUGCAAACGCAACAUCCGCUGCAAGCGACGCCACAGCAGAUCCAAGCCAUCCCCUUGUCUCCCGCUGUGUCGUCCGGUCCAGGCCCGGCCGGUUUCAGCAUGGCACAGGAACCUAACCGUCGCAGUGCUUCCGGCCCAACAGUCCAAGGCAGGUUCAUGCUACAAAGCAACGACCGGCAACGAUCGCAUGCGCCUAUGCUUCCCAGAGGCAUGGAUGGCCAUGAGGGCGCCGAUAUGGGGGCUCCAGUGCCGCCUUGCCCAAGGCACCACGUUGCAACGACGCAGCAUCCACAAAGUCCAAUCCCGUCGGCCAUGGGGCGACCAAAUCAGGUCACUACCCAGAUCUUGCCUAACCACAAUCCUUCAUGGUUAAGCAUGCCGCAGAGACCGGGUCUGAGAAACGCACCCCAACAGACGGCACAACGGCUAGUAUCAGUUGAUUGGACUGCGCACCAGAAUGACAACUCGGUGGAUCCAUACGCGACUCCGCUCCCUUCUCAUCCACAGCAGCUCGUUCCUGCCUCCUGGCAGUAUCCGCAGUGGGUUCCGAGCGACGGCCAUGCUCCGAUGCAAGCCGCAGGUUCUCACCAUCCUCAUCAUCCACCUCACAGAUACCGCGGCGCAUCUUCGGCGAGCAUGGAUGAGUCGCGCCGUCAGCAGCUGCCGGUGCUCCAGAGGGCUCCGAUGCCACCGAUGUCUCGGGUGUCCCAGAGUUUGCAGGCUCCUCAGUGGCCCCAGAGGUCGUCCAACUCGUCGCCAUGCCAGUUUUCGGUUGUCCCGCCUUCCGAGGCUGAGUGGCCCCGAAAUCCAUACGACUGGACCUCCCUUGUACCCAGCCUCCACCUGAUUCAUCUUCGAAGCCCUAAAAGAAGGCCUGCCGACCUGCAUAAGGCGUACUUUCAGUUCGUCAGUCACUUUGCCGUCCAGCCCAUGAGAGCUCCUCCCCAGCGGGGGCUUCGAACCUUGCAGUUCACCCUGUCAGGCGAUGACUAUGGCAAGAUCUCGGCCAGUUCGGCACCGCAAGGUCUCCAGCCCGCGCCGUACUCGAAUGGAUCCACGCGAUAUCGCCUUCGCCUCUGCCGGAAGCCGCAGCACACGGCCGAGGUGAAGUCAGGCGAUUGGGCCAUCAGUCCUACCUUUUGGCCCACAUUCAUCUUCCUUCAGCACAACGGGGAAGCAGUUUUCCCUCGUCGGCGCCAUCAUUUUCAUCACGACCUGCCGAUCGAGCUCGCAAACUCGGCUCGCCCAGGCCUGAACGAGGUGAAAUUUAGCUUGCCUGCGGUGCCCGAGAAUAUGGACAGCAAGUGGACCUAUUUCAUCGCCGUCGAGGUAAUUCGCAUGCUUGAUUUUGCGGCGACCCGGUCAAUCAUUGAAGGAAGGGAUCAUUUUGACGUGCAAUCGACCGAGAAAGAAAUCGAGCGACGGUUGAAACUGGACAAUUCCGAGGACCUGGUCGUCGAGAACAAUACCCUCCGCGUCAGCGUCACCGAUCCGUUCACGGCCACGCUCGUCACCACGCCUGUCCGUGGGGAUGAUUGCAAGCACAUGGAGUGUUUUGAUUUGCAAAUUUGGCUCCAGACGCGUGAUGGCAAGCCGUCGAGGCAACGUGGAGAGCCGAGUCUGGUGGAUGGUUGGAAAUGUCCGAUCUGCGGACUCGACGCGAGGCCCACCAGCCUCCGCAUUGACGACUAUCUUUUGGCCGUUCGGGAGGAACUCGCGACGCAGGGGGCAAUGGAUACGAAGAGCAUUACCAUCAGGGUUGACGGAAGUUGGACUCCGGAUGUGGAAGCCGACGACGUUGAUGAGGCAAACCGGUCUACCUCUGAGUCUCGGGAGGCGACUGGGGCGGUAAUUGCACCUCAGCAGCCACCGACGCCGCAGAACCACAUCGUAGUAUUAGAUGACGAUUGA